AAAUCAGCAGCGCGGCAGUUGUGCAGACCCGGACACCAGGCUAAGGUUCCAGCUACAGCGCUAUUUCCGCAGCCUUUAUGGACUCUGCCUGGCACUGACAGCAUGGAGGAUCAGGGUGCUCCUCUUGGACCUUACCGGGCCACCAAGCUGUGGAAUGAAGUAACCACAUCUUUUCGAGUAGGAAUGCCUUUAAGAAAACAUAGACAACAUUUAAAAAAAUAUAGCAAUUGUUUCACUGCAGAAGAAGCAGUAGAUUGGCUUUAUGAUCUAUUAAGAAAUAAUAGUAAUUUUGGUCCUGAAGUUACAAGACAACAGACUGUUCAACUAUUAAGAAAAUUUCUUAAGAAUCAUGUGAUUGAAGAUAUCAAAGGUAGAUGGGGAUCGGAAAACCUUGAAGACAACAAUCAACUAUUCAGAUUUCCUGCAACUUCUCCACUUAAAACUCUUCCACAAAGACAUACAGAAAUCAGGAGAACAAGCAAAGAGUACUUUUCCAAAGAUAAAGACAGUAUUUUUAAAUUGCGAAACUUAGCUCGUAAAACUCCUAAGAAGCAUGGAUUACGUUUCUCUCAGGAAAAUACAGAAAACAUAAAUCAUGAGAAGAUAAUCAAUGAACACAAAGAAAACUCAGCUGACAAGAGAGAAAUAAGCCAAGAAGAUGUUGAAGAAGCUUGGAGAUAUAUUAUCAUGACCUAUCUGCAAAGCAUUUUAGGUGUACCAUCCAUAGAAGACCUCAUAAACCCAGAUGAAGUAACUCCUCAAUAUAUAAUGUACAACAUGUCCAACACAAGUAAGCAUGGAGUGGUUGUACUACAAGACAAAUCAGAGGAUCUUCCACACUGGGUAUUAUCGGCUAUGAAGUGCCUUGCAAAUUGGCCAAGAAGUAAUGAAACUAACAAUCCAACUUAUGUUGGAUUUGAACGUGAUGUAUUCAGAACAAUUGCAGAUUAUUUUCUAGAUCUCCCUGAACCUCUACUUACAUUUAAAUAUUAUGAAUUAUUUGUGAACAUUAUGGUUGUUUGUGGCUACGUCACAGUUUCAGAUAGAGCAAGUGGGAUACAUAAAAUCCAUGAUGAUCCACGGUCUUCAAAUAUCCAUCAUUUAAGCAAUUUGAAUUCCUUCAAAUCAACUGAAUGUCUGCUACUGAGUCUGCUUCACAAAGACAAAAGCAGUGAAGAAUUGGAUUCUUCUAAGAGACUGCAAAGAAGUGAUCAAGGAUUUCAAGAAAGAUGUGCCAAGAAAAUGCAGCUAGUUAAUUUAAGAAACAGAAGAGCUAGUGCCAACGACAUAAUGGGAGGAAGCUGUCAUAAUUUAAUAGGCUUAAGUAAUACACAUGCCCUGUCCUCUAACAUCAAACCAAGGUGUUCUUCUUUGGAAGGAAUUAUAGAUAUGUCAGGGAAUUCAAGUAAAAAGACAUCCAGUAUUUUCUAUCAGUCUUUUCUGAACAUAGAAGAGCAAAAUAAUAAGCAACCUUUAGUACCAAUGCCCAAACAGAAAUCUCUAUUUAAUCUUCACUCAGAAGAAAAUAUUCAGCAGUCAUACUGUGUUAGUAUUAAAAGAAGCUCUGCUUUGACUGUUCAAGACCAAGGGGAGUUAUAUAAAGAAAAAUGUAAUUCAAAACAGCUUUGUAGAUCUCAGAGUUUGCUUUUAAGAAGUAGUACAAGACAGAAUAGAUAUGUCAAUACACCAGUGGCUGAAAUUAUAAUGAAACCACAUGUUGCCCAAGGCAGUGCAAGUGUGCAAAGUGAGCUCGGAGAGUCUAGUACCACAAUCAAUAAAAGACUGUGCAAAAGCACAGUAGAACUUUCAGAGAAUUCUUUACUUCCAGCUGCUUCUGUGUUGAAUGGCACACAAAGUUUGCUGCAGCCUCAUUUAGAGAGAGUUGCCAUCAAUGCUCUACAGUUAUGUUGUUUGUUACUUCCCCCACCAAAUCGUAGAAAGCUUCAACUCUUAAUGCGCAUGAUUUCUCGAAUGAGUCAAAAUGUUGAUAUGCCCAAACUUCAUGAAGAAAUGGGUACAAGAUCAUUGGUUAUACAUACUUUUUCUCGGUGUGUACUGUGUUGUGCUGAAGAAGUGGAUCUUGAUGAGCUUCUGGCUUCAAGAUUAAUAUCUUUCCUAAUGGAUCAUCAACAGGAAAUUCUUCAAGUACCCACUUAUUUACAGACUGCUGUGGAGCAGCAUCUUGACUACAUUCAAAAGGGCCAUUUUAAAAAUCCUGGAGAUGAACAAGUUGUUCCUUUGCCAACAUAUUCUUACUGUAAGCAGAUUAGUACUCAAGAAUUUGAUAAGCAGAAAGUUUCAACUUCUCAAGCUGCAAUUGAAGAACUUUUGGAGAAUAUUAUUAGAAGUAAAAACUUGCCUCCAAAGGAGAAAAGAAAAAAACUGAAGCAGUUUCAGAAGGAAUAUCCCUUGAUAUAUCAGAAAAGAUUUCCAACCACUGAGAGUGAAGCAGCACUUUUGGAUGCCAAACCUACCAUCAAGCAACCAAUGCUGAAUUUAAGAAACCCAAAGCUUCACCGUCUGCGAUACUGACUUAAAACUUUAAUAAAUGAAUCCAUAUAUGAGAGUAUUUUUUACUUAAAAGGAAAUCUAUUAAUAUUGUUGUUUCUGUGAUAAGGACCAAAAUAGUCUUUUAUCCAUGUGAAAGUGCCAAAGCUACUGGCUCUUAGCUAAGAAUACCUAACGAAAGUGAAGCAUGAUUAAUAAAGACUCGGAGAGAGAAAUUGGGGCUCAACCUGAAGACCCAGAAGGCAAAGCAGUCAGCCACUGACUUUUACCUUGACCUCAGUUUGAAAUGGUGAUCCUGCUUCCAGGAAUCUCAGAAUGAGACUGUGUCUGAGAGCUGUUUCCUCCCAUAAUAUAACCUCUCUAGUUAUGUGAUUAAAGGCAUGUACCACCCGGUUUCUAUGGCAGCUGGGAUUAAAGGUGUGUGUUACCAUUACAUGGUCUGUAAGGCUAACAGUGGGGUUAUUUUACUCUCAGAUCUUCAGGUUAGCUUUAUUUAUUAAGAUACAAUUAAAGUGGCACUAUACAAAAGCCCAUACCAAAUAUUUUAAUUAGAAACUAUAACUUUUAAUAUAAUGAUCUAGUAAGGCUAUUAGGAUUGUAUCAUAAAGAUGAAAUUAUGGUGCUGUUUUAAAAGAAAACAUGCCUGUGUCUAUAUGUGUGCCUAUGGGUAGUACCUAAAGAACUGGCUGUUUAUGAUUGUUUAUUUUUAAGUAUCAGAAUGUGAAGAAUAUUGUACUCUUGUAUAAUCUUUUUAUACUUAUGAUCUAUUUAAAUGUGUUUAAAUAUACAUGUGUAGCUUGGUUUCUG